AUCUUCUUCCUCUUCUACUUCUUCUCCAUAACGGGACUAAAGCCUCUUUAAUGGCGAGAGGACCCAUCUCCAAGAAUAAACAGUAAUCCUCAUUUAUUGUCCUUACAAAUUUUCUCGAAGACAAAAAUAAACCCCAAUUUAUAAAAACAAAUAAAUCUUUUCUUUUUCAUUAGAUAGGUAGAUGAAGAGACAAGGGUCCCUUUAAUUUUCUCUAAAGAUCUUCAAAAACCCAACCUCAAUCAUGUUGGGCACUUUUUUUUUCCUUUUGUGUGUCGAAACAAAAAUUUGAGGUUUUUAACUCUUAAAGUUUAUCAGUCCAUCACAAAGCUCAGUGCUUGAUUGGCUCCACAGACUCUAAAAGGAAAAGUUUGCAUCUUUUUCUGACCCAUUUCAACCUAAACACUCAGGUUUCUGUGAAUCGGUUUUUACUAGAUUGAAGAUCAGAGUUUUUGAAUGAUUGAAGAAUUCUUUGGUAAUCAAUGGAGAAAAGGAGAUCACCGAGAAGCAGCAAGAGUCCUGGAAAUGCAAUUUUCCCUAAAAGCCCUCUUCUCUACGAGAGUUAUAAGUCGGGUUGUGGUUCGAAACUGAUAAAAUUCUUCGAUUUCAGACAUGUGAAAUCUGGUAAUAAGAGACUGAAUCCAGAGAAGAAAUUCAUCAGAGAUUCUGCAGGUAAUGUUUAUACUAAAAGCCAGCUUGAUCUGCUCAAGAGACUUCAUGAUAAAUGUCAGUGUAAUGAUCUGAUUGUGGAAGGAGAGAAUUCAUGUAAGCCUAAAACGAGGAGAAGAUCUUUAAGUUCUGAAACAGAAGAGGAGAACUAUGAAUCAAAACCUGUUCACGGAUUACUAGAGAGAGAGAUUAAGAGGAUCAAGAAUCGAAAGGAGGAAACUGGCGAUAGCCCGGAUAAGCUAAAACAAUCUUCUUUAAGUGAAAUUGAGAAGACAAAUGAUAAGGAUAAGCCAAUGGAUCUGAAGAAUGGGAGAGAUUGCAAGAAAAGCUUUGAGAUUAACCUUCAAGCUUGUGUGAAUGACGCCGCUGAAACAUUUAUCUGUUCGAAGGCAGAGGAGAAUGGCAAAGACCGGUCUAAGCAGUUCAUGGAAGCAUUAGAUAUUUUAAGUUCGAACAAGGAAUUGUUUAUUACACUCUUACAAGAUCCUGAUUCUUUCUCGGCGAAGAAAGGCCAAGACUUGCAAGGAUCUAAGGUAAAGGAACCACGGGAUACAUCUCUUUCAUUCGCUGAUGAGUUGGAUAAGAUUGUUCUCUUGAAGCCUAGAUUAUCAAGCUCGGUUGACGAUAGAGUGUACUUGAGAUUCAAACAUCUAGCCAAGAAGUUGAAGCUUGUUGUUGGAUCUAACAAAGACAGCAAUCACAUAGAAAUUAAACCCGAGUGUAGCGGUAAAGCUAGUGAAAUCGAGGUUGCUGCUUUUAGAACAAGUGAUGUUUCUACCAGUACAGUUGGCCAUAGAAGCCCGGAGUCACCGGUGUUUAGGCGCAAGAAACGGGUUGAAUCUGAUGUCUUCAAGCUAAGCAAGGAGAAUGAUGUUUUGCCAAGGAGAUUCAUGGUGGAAAGGCAACUGGAGAGAUCAAAUUCUUCUCCGGUUUAUGAAGUUCCUAAUGCAUUGAGUAGCUUGCAGACAAAACUCAAAGAGAGAAGACAGAGGCUGGAGAAGAGGAGAGAGAGCUUCAAGUUGUGGUCCUUGGACAAGAACUUCGAGGUUUUCGACCCGAAUCCGCACAAUUCUAAUCCAAGGUCUCUCGAUGACAAUUGUACAGGUUCUACGGAGUACAGAAGUUUGAAAACCCAUGUAGAAGACGUAUUUGAGGAAGAUAGAUAUCUCGAGAGCUUAGCGGAGUCGAGUUCGAGUCUAGAGAGACGAGACAGCAACAUUUAUGACCCGAAACAGGAGCAGGAGCAACCGAGUCCCGUCUCUGUUCUAGAGAGGAUUCAUGUGGAAGACGAAACAGUUAGCCCCGGAAAUGUGAAAACUUCUAAACUCGAAGAGCAGAUUGGAUUAUUAUCCUUCGAUGAUCCAAACAUCGAUCUCGUCGAAAAAGACUCUGUUCAUGAGUUUGUGAGGAAAAUUCUUGAAGCUUCAAGAUUGAAUUGGACUAAUCUUAUGGCGAGAUGCAACGAAGAAACAUCACUUCUCAACGAAUUCUCACACGGUAAUCACAACAACAAUCAACUUCUUGUUCUUGAUUACACAGACGAGAUUCUCCGUGAGGUUUACCGUCAAGAGAUAAAAUUUUGGCCUUUCACGCCAUCGAAGAGCUCGAGAGUCGUCAAUGUACCGUCUUCCCUAAGAGAAGAAGAUCUGAUUCACCAGACGAUGAGUCUUUUCGACUGGAGUUUACUCUGCUGUGACUCUUCCCCUAGAACAUUGGAUCAGAUCAUUGAGAGUGAUCUGAUUAAGCCAUGUCUUUGGUUGGAUUUUGGUGGUGAAUCUGAAGGUGUUGUGUCUGAUAUCGUGGAAAAGAUUCUGCAACAAUUGGUGCUUGAGAUCUCCCGUGAGCUUAGAACAAUGCAGAGGAGAAUAUAUGGAUUAGUUUGAAUUUCUACGGAGCUAUUCAACAUUUUUUGUUUUUGCUAUGUAUAAAAAAAUUUAAAAUUUGUGAAUCUUCUCUUCGUAAUUAGUUCUUUUAAUUAAAAAAA